AGCGUAUUUACAAAGGAGCCUCCUCCGCCAGCCCGUGCCACCGCUGCUAAUGAGAGCAGUCAUUAAGUAAAUGAGACGUCGCCUUUAGCUGGCUUAGGAGUUCGCACACUAAGGGGAGAAGAUAUUUAAUUGAAACCCGCACGCAGGCUUCCCCACAUGUGACCGUGUAAGGGAGGCAGCUGCCUUCCCUCUCCUCCCCCAGUCCCCCCUGCACCCCCCAUGUAAAUUUCAUGAUUGCUUUCCGUGAUGUCAUUUUGAAAGAGGACAGACAAUAGCUGUGGGGAAAGAAAAUGAGUUCCGGGGUGAGCUGCUAAAUCAGAGGUGGACACACGGAGGCCAGGCCAGCAGCUGCCAAACCUCAAGACCCCUCCUGGGCAGACCCUGCAAGAUGAGCUUAGAAAAUGAAGAUAAGCGAGCUCGCACCCGAUCCAAGGCCCUGCGAGGAGCCCCAGAGACCACAGCUGCAGACCUCAGCUGCCCCACCCCAGGAUGCACUGGCUCAGGACACGUCCGGGGCAAGUACUCCAGGCACCGAAGUUUACAGAGCUGCCCCCUGGCCAAGAAGAGGAAGCUGGAGGGCGCUGAGGCUGAGCACCUGGUGUCCAAGAGGAAGUCGCACCCCCUGAAGCUGGCUCUGGACGAGGGCUAUGGUGUGGACAGCGACGGCAGUGAGGACGCUGAGGUGAAGGACGCCUCUGUUUCAGAUGAAUCGGAAGGAACUCUGGAGGGGGCCGAGGCUGAGGCGUCAGGACAGGAGGAGAUUCAUCGCCCCGAGCCAGCUGAAGGAAGGAGCCCCGUCAAGUCCCAUUUUGGAUCCAACCCCAUCAGCAGCCCCACUGGCUCCUCCAAGGGCAGCUAUAGCAGCUACCAGGGAAUCAUCGCAACUUCUCUCCUGAACUUGGGCCAAGUUGCUCAAGAGACCCUGGUGGAAGAAGACUUGGGCCAGGCGGCGAAGCCAGGUCCUGGCAUUGCGCACCUGCUUCAGGAGGCCACAGAGGGAGCUGCCAGCAUGGAGGGUGAAAAGGGCCUCUUCAUCCAGCCAGAGGAUGCCGAGGAGGUUGUGGAAGUCACCAGUGAGCGUUCCCAGGACCUGUGUCCCCAGUCCCUGGAGGGUGUAGCCAGUGCGGAGUCCAGCAAGCAGAAAGGCAUCCUGAGUCAUGAGGAGGAGGAGGAGGAGGAGGAGGAGGAUGAGGAGGAGGAGGAGGAGGAUGAAGAGGAGGAGGAGGAAGAUGAGGAGGAGGAGGAGGAAGAGGAGGAGGAGGAAGAAGAAGAGGAGGAGGAAGAGGAGGAGGAGGAGGAGGAGGCAGCCCCUGAUGUGAUCUUUCAGGAGGACGCCUCCCGCGUCUCUGCUCAGAAGGCCCCCGAGCUCCGGGGCUCAGAAUCACCCAGCCCCAAGCCUGAGUACUCCGUUAUUGUGGAGGUCCGCUCGGAUGAUGACAAGGACGAGGACACCCGCUCCCAGAAGUCAGCAGUCACUGACGAGUCGGAAAUGCACGACAUGAUGACCCGGGGAAACCUGGGCCUCCUGGAGCAGGCUAUUGCUCUGAAGGCUGAGCAGGUGCUCACAGUCUGUGAGCCGGGCUGCCCACCUGCCGAGCAGAGCCAGCUGGGCUUGGGAGAGCCAGGGAAAGCAGCAAAGCCCCUGGACACUGUGCGGAAGAGCUACUACAGUAAAGAUCCAUCGAGAGCUGAGAAGCGUGAGAUCAAGUGCCCAACGCCAGGCUGUGAUGGCACUGGCCAUGUUACUGGCCUGUACCCUCACCACCGCAGCCUUUCCGGCUGUCCCCACAAGGACAGGAUCCCCCCAGAGAUCCUAGCCAUGCAUGAGAACGUGCUGAAGUGCCCCACUCCCGGCUGCACGGGCCAGGGUCACGUGAACAGCAACCGCAACACGCACAGAAGUUUGUCUGGGUGUCCCAUUGCUGCCGCUGAAAAAUUAGCCAAAUCCCAUGAGAAGCAGCAGCCGCAGACAGGAGAUCCUUCCAAGAAUAGCUCCAAUUCUGAUCGGAUCCUCAGGCCCAUGUGCUUCGUGAAACAGCUCGAGGUCCCUCCAUAUGGGAGCUACCGGCCCAAUGUGGCCCCCGCCACGCCCAGGGCCAACUUGGCCAAGGAGCUGGAGAAGUUCUCCAAGGUCACCUUUGACUACGCAAGUUUCGAUGCUCAGGUUUUUGGCAAACGCAUGCUUGCCCCAAAGAUUCAGACCAGCGAAACCUCACCUAAAGCCUUCCAAUGCUUUGACUAUUCGCACGACGCCGAAGCUGCACACAUGGCCGCCACCGCCAUCCUGAACCUCUCCACACGCUGCUGGGAGAUGCCCGAGAACCUCAGCACGAAGCCACAGGAUCUGCCCAGCAAGUCUGUGGAUAUUGAGGUGGAUGAAAACGGAACCCUGGACUUAAGCAUGCACAAACACCGCAAGCGAGAAAACACUUUCCCCAGCAGCAGCAGCUGCAGCAGCAGCCCUGGUGUGAAGUCUCCCGACGCCUCUCAGCGCCAGAGCAGCUCCAGCGCCCCCAGCAGCUCCAUGACCUCUCCCCAGUCCAGCCAGGCCUCCCGCCAGGACGAGUGGGACCGGCCCCUGGACUACACCAAGCCUAGCCGCCUGAGAGAGGAGGAGCCUGAGGAGUCAGAGCCAGCAGCCCAUUCUUUUGCUUCUUCUGAAGCAGAUGACCAGGAAGUGCCGGAAGAGAAUUUUGAGGAGCGGAAGUAUCCGGGGGAAGUCACCCUGACCAACUUUAAGCUGAAGUUUCUCUCCAAGGACAUAAAGAAGGAGCUGCUCACCUGUCCCACCCCUGGCUGUGACGGCACUGGCCACAUCACGGGGAACUAUGCCUCCCACCGCAGCCUCUCUGGUUGCCCUCUUGCUGACAAGAGCCUCAGAAACCUCAUGGCUGCCCACUCUGCUGACCUCAAGUGCCCCACGCCUGGCUGUGACGGCUCUGGCCAUAUCACAGGGAACUACGCUUCACACCGGAGCUUGUCUGGCUGUCCUCGUGCAAAGAAAAGUGGAGUCAAGGUGGCGCCCACCAAGGACGACAAGGAGGACCCCGAGCUGAUGAAGUGCCCAGUUCCAGGCUGUGUGGGGCUUGGUCACAUCAGCGGAAAAUACGCCUCUCACAGGAGUGCGUCCGGCUGCCCACUGGCCGCCCGGAGGCAGAAGGAAGGUUCCCUCAAUGGCUCAUCAUUCUCCUGGAAGUCCCUGAAGAACGAAGGCCCAACCUGCCCCACCCCGGGCUGUGAUGGCUCUGGCCACGCCAAUGGGAGUUUCCUCACCCACCGGAGUUUGUCAGGCUGUCCCAGAGCAACAUUUGCUGGAAAGAAGGGAAAACUGUCAGGGGAUGAGGUCCUCACCCCAAAGUUCAAGACUAGCGAUGUGUUGGAGAACGAUGAGGAGAUCAAGCAGCUGAACCAGGAGAUCCGAGACCUGAACGAGUCCAACUCGGAGAUGGAGGCCGCCAUGGUGCAGCUGCAGUCCCAGAUCUCCUCCAUGGAGAAGAACCUGAAGAACAUCGAGGAGGAGAACAAGCUCAUCGAGGAGCAGAAUGAAGCCCUGUUUCUGGAGCUGUCCGGCCUGAGCCAGGCCCUCAUCCAAAGUCUCGCCAAUAUCCGCCUUCCGCAUAUGGAGCCAAUCUGUGAACAGAAUUUCGAUGCCUACGUGAGCACCCUCACCGACAUGUACUCCAACCAGGAGUGCUACCAGAACCCGGAGAACAAGGACCUCCUGGAGAGCAUCAGGCAGGCUGUGAGGGGCAUCCAGGUCUAGGCCAAGUGGUACCCAGGAGUUUCCCAGCCCUCCACACCGUUUACCUCCCCCGCCCCACCCCGUACCGUGGGGAUCCCCAACUCACAGUGACUUCCCAUUCGUGGCCUGGUGUGGCCUCGGGCGGGUUUAUCCAAAGGGAUGCCUGGAAAUUGGCUUCUCCCACGAUGCUCCCUCCAGGCUUGGGGCCACGGCAGCCCCAUCCAUGUGCAUAGGGGCACUGAAGAAUUACAAAGUGAUUUAUUUUUGUUUUCUGAACACAAUCUGAAGAGCAGCUCAAAGUCUCCAGUGGAAGCUCAUGGACAAGGUUCUCAGGGAAGUUUUGGAGUUUGCAACCACAGUAUUCCUUUGUCUGUCGAGGCUGGGAGGGUAGCCGUGAGCGUGGUGGGCGGGUGGUUCGAGUGGCAUCUUGGCCUGGAGGAUGUGCCCGGGGCAGCGUGUCUGUGCUCAGUGAGGCCCCUGAAGCAAGUGUGUUUUCUGUUUUCGUUUAAUUCGGUUUUGUGUUAAGGGUGGAAUAAAGCUCUGUCCCUGAGGGAAAGUUAGGAAUAGGCCUCCCAGAGGACACUCCAGACAGCUGGCAAGCAUCGUAGCCACUGUCAAGUCAAGGAAUUUUAGCCUGGGAGACUCCUGAAAAUCAGCCUGAUGCCUGGGGGCAGCCGGCACACUGAGGCUGUGCAGAUGUGUGUGGCCUUGGGUCACAGCUCCCUCUUGGGGCUGCAGCCUUUAGACCCUGGGUCUGGGCUCCCAAGUCCAGGGACCACUCUGGCUUCUGUGCGUCCACCCAGGCCCCUGACCUAUCUCUGCCAUGUUAUCCGGGCCGUGGCCAAGCUUGACCUCUGCAUCCAUGGUGACGGAGGCGGGGAGAUGACAUCACCAGGGUCAGAGGGUAAAUUGCUAACAGGAGACCACCAAGGUUUCACUUCUUUUAGAUCCAUUCAAUAUGUGGAAAAAGGGUAAAUUUUAAUUUAAUGUGUUAAAAACACAAUGUUCUUACUGUGUAAAUAGAAUCCAAGUCCAUUGUGACUGCAAUUCCAAGUUAGUAUUUAAAAGUAGAGAGAUUGCACUUCCUGGAAAAAAUUAAAAAGUAGUUAGUUUAAUUAUUCUGUAAAUUAUUUAAUUUUGUCAAGAUGUAAGUAUUUAUAUUCACAACCUCUUAUGUUAACGUUUGCUAUUUAUUUAACAUUUUUAUUUAUUAAUUUUAUACUAUUUCUGCUAGACCCCACACCAGGACACCAUCAGAGGGGAAAAAGUGAAUUCAAAGCAAAAAUAACUAUUCGACUGUAAUAUAGGCCACAAAAAAAUCUUGGUAUAACUCCUAGUUAUAAUUUUGAUGCAACCAAGUUAUUUUUUAUAUAUUUUGUUAUUUAUUCUUUUAAUAAGGGAAUUUUUUAAAAAAGUAUUUUGUAACUGAGUAAUUUUGAUAAUUUGGGGGUUUUUUUCCCUCGGUCCAAUGGAGAGAAAGACAUUUCUGUUUUCUUUUUCCCUUUUGGGUUCCUUUUGUUUCAGGCACAGAUAACAGCAAGUGGAAUUCUGUAUUUAUGAUUAUUCAGUGUAGCGCAGAUGUGUGUGCUCGGGCGUGUUUCGUGUUGCGUUUGUGUGUCGGCUCUUGCGAUGGAGUCCUGUGCUGAGGGAGUGCUGGCCGCAGGCAGCCUUGAGCGGCCGUCAGGCUCACAGGCUGCGCUACCAUCCCUCCCUCGGACAGCUCCAAUACUGUGACCCUCCGUCCUCAGGAAACGCGUUGAACCCACAGCACUCCGUGGUGUGUUUGCAGGGUGAUUUCCUAAUAAAAGUCCACUCUGACUGUGA